CAUAAGACGUUUCACUGGUGACGCCGAAUAUCAAGAUUAUUAUGGAUUAUACUUAACAAUCGAAAUAACUAGACUCCCGGUAAUCAGACUAAAAUGAUGGACUUGAAAAUUAUUUGCCUUCUUCUUGUGGUUUCGUUUGCAAAUGCAGAGAAGUACAUGACCGUGUACUCUAGUCAACAGGGAUUAACGUUUUACGGAGAUUCAAGGCCGUGGUGCAGCGCAGUGCAAGCUUGCAUAGGAAGAUAUCAACAUUUGGGAAUAAUAAAUAGCGAGACGCUGAACAUUGCAUCAUCAAAGAUUAUACAGUCUGGAAAAAGAGCUUGGCUGGGCGCCUCUGACAUGUAUACAGAAGGACACUGGAUAUGGUUUGACUCAUCUCAGGUUUAUUCUGGAUAUUACAUGUGGGCCGGAGGCGAACCUAAUAACGAUAACAACGAAGAUUGCAUGGAAGCAGGUGGGAAGGGAACCUAUUAUUGGAACGAUGAAGGUUGUGGCGAUAGCCAUGGAUAUAUCUGUCAGAUUUCGACAAGCCGACAACUUCCCGCCAUGUAUUCAGUGCUGUCUUUCAGUGACACUAUUUCCACCUCCAAUAGCCGAACUACCUUUUCGAACGCAAAGCAAGAGUGUGAAAGCAAAGGAAUGAGGCUUGCUCGAGUCGAUAGCAGAGAAGAAUUUCAAAUUUUGCAAAACCAACUUCCCAGAAAUUCGAACGAAAAGUACUGGAUAGGAACUAAGCACGGGAAAUGUGUUGCGAUGAAUAACAAAGAUCUAGAAUUUACUGAUUGCUCAAGCACUGCUCUUCCAUUCAUCUGCGAAGUCGUUUCUCCAUAUGCCGUUGAAGUCUCUGACGAGUCUCCCAAAAUACACGAGAACGACAAUCUUCAGAUCGAUUGCAAGGCAUCUGGUUUUCCUCUACCUGACGUAUUCUGGUACAAAGAUGGCGAACGUAUCACAGAACAAACCGACCAGCAUUUGCAUCAGUCAAUAGGUUCCGCGAGUGCUACGCUCAAAAUUGACAGAGCACAGAUGGGCGAUGCAGGAGAAUACAGAUGCUAUGCUGCUAAUACCGCGAAUAACUUCGAGUUGAAUGUUUUCGGACUUCUCAUGAUGGAAGUGUACACCGAAGGAGAAGAGGAAAUUGAACGAGUAACAGAGAAUUUAGACUUUUGGCAGAGACUUGAAAAUUAUUAGAAACAGUGAGCGUCGACAUUGAGUAUGGAAAAAUGUUCUAAAGAACUACGUCAAUAUAUCAGUUCAUUCAUAAAAUCGAUUCAUAAAAUUCAAUUUAAUCUGCUAAACCAAUCAAAACAGUCAAUUAUAAUGUGGUAUAAUGACUUAAUAAAAACCUACAAUAAAUCAAAAUGAAUCAUACAUUGUUCAGUCAAUGAUGUACAUGUCAGGUAAUCAGUCUUAUUGCGUCAGUCAGCCCAACACUGCCCCCACUGUUAUUUUUUGAAGUACUGAUUUGUUGUUAGUGUGGGAUAUAUUGCUGAAAAGGUACCCUGACAUAACCAUUUACAGUAGACUCUAUGGCUGCCAUGGGCGAAAUCCGGCCCGCUGGGUAAUUCAGUCGGCCCGCCGGAUGCUGCCACAACCAAACUAAAACCAAAUUUUGAUGUCUUAGCUAAAAACUAGCCCAAGAAAUUUGUUGAGAUUGCGGUUAAAUUGAGCUUUAGCUCGAGUUUAUUGUUUUCCGCCUUUUCUUUCGUAACACUGUAAAUAUUGUUCAUAAAAUGUAACUUUUACGACACACUUACAUGGCCCGCCAGUCUGGUGAGCAAAAUUUUCUGGCUCCUGGUCCGAAAACAUUGGUCACCCCUGCUCUAUGGUAUGCCAGCUAUCAAGGAUAGUAAGUUAUACUAAACAUGCUAUCGAGCGCCAUAUUUCUCUUGCAAUAAAUAAGUUUAUGUCACACUAAUAAAAAGCAUAAAGCGAAGCCUUAGAUAUCAGAAAAAGAAAGAAGAACACGCUUUUUAUCCAGCAAAAAAAUUUAAAGAUUCUAAUUAAUAAGAACAAUCCAUGAUAUUGAGUUGAUGUCACACCAUUAAAAAGAAUAAAGCAAAGCCUUGGAUUUCAUAAAAAGAAAGAAGAAAGACGUAUUUUUACCAGCAAAAAAUUUAAAGAUUCUAAUAAUUUUAAUUAACAAAUACACAAAACAAUAAGCUCAGUGUUAAAUUACAUUUUUUUGUAAUCAUAUGCCCAAAUGUUAUGGAACAUUUACAUUGAAGGAUGUGCCAUUUCAAACACAGACUAAAAAAAUACGCAUUGCCUGGGGUAUUUUAACAAAAAAUUUUUACAUUGAAUAAUGGUUUAAUUCAUUUUAAUUAAGUGAUCUUAAUUAAUAAGUCAUGUCUUAUGAAUAUUAGUCAUUCAAUGCUAUUCAUACACGUAUUGAAUAUAUAUAUAUAUACAUGCAUUGAUUGAUCAGAGGUAUUAUACUCAAUGAAGUGAGCACGAUAGAUACCUAAGGUAGAUAGAUAGAAUUUUAUUUCCUGAUAUAUUUACACCUAAUAUAAUCGUGGCACGAACCUUCACAAGUUGACGAUUUCAGGAAAUUUUUUUUUGUCAUACGUGAUGCAGCAGAUCAUGAUGUCUAUUAUUCGCGCAUGAUUAAUCACUGAUUCCAAAUACACUUAUAUAUAAAUACCCUUAUAUUUUGAUCGUUAUUAUAUUAUUACUCAUUAUAAUAUUAAUAGGAAAAUAAUUAAUAGGUACAAGAUAAUUAAAAAAGGUAAUACGUCUAGGCGAUUCAGGCAUUUAUUUCGAAGCAUUGCAUUAAUAAAAUCACUGUAGUUACAUCUCAACUGUACUCUGUUUACCAACAAAAACUAGUAUGCUCUCUUAUUCUUGUAAUAUACGUCGCAUCGUGAUGUGGCAAUUUCAAUCCAACUUUAUUGCUCUACAUGUGCUGUACAAUGUAACGCUCUAGUGUAAGUGCAUGAAGUACAUAAAUUCAGUCUUGCCUGUCUAGUUAUGUGCAGCAUGAGGUAGUUUAAGUUCAGGGAUGACUACAUAUUUCCAUCAUCGUAUCACUUGUAGUAAACAGAGCAAUGUGUAACUAACCUCAAUUGUUAAAGUUAAGCGUCAGCAUAUUCCAGGCUGUUCGCUUGUAAUCUAUAGUACCAUCAUGGGCUGGCGUACAUUUUUUAUAUAUAUAUAAGUAUGUAAAAAGACAACACAGUGACUCUAAAAUGAAAGAUAGAUAAAUACG